GUAUUUAUUUUAAGCGAUUGUGGGAUAAAACCACCAAAAUCGUGCGCUUAUAGAGCGGAGGCUGCUAUGCUGAGGCCUGCCUAAUUAUAACUUUCUUAUCUGAAGAAAGUUUGGAGUGUAAGUCCGGUAAUUUCCAGAAGUGUCCCUGGAGGAUUGUAGCUUUGCUCUCAGGGAUUCUUGUGUCUAUGCACACACAGCUUUCACAGUACACAUCCAUUUGUCGUGCGGAUGUACAUACACGUGCAUACACACAUGGCUGUGUGCUGGGGCAGGGCUGGUGCCUCUGCUCUGAAGCUCUCAGGUGUUCCCCACCCGGCACCCUGCUUUGUACCAGUCCUUCUCCACAAGUAGGCAGAGCUAUGCUUUCCUACUUCCAAAGUGCUGCUGAGAGCUCAAGUGCAUCUCUCAUUGGUUUUCUUAAUUAUUUUUUUUCAUCAUAAGUGAUGGAAACACCAUCAGAGUUCUCUGUUCUUGCUCAGGAAAGCCCUAGGAGAUGUUUUGGGUCUUGUCACAUCACUGAUGCACUUGCUUAUGUCGACAUCCAUUCUUUAGGUAGAAGUAGAAAAAAAUGAGGGCUGGAAGGGACUUCAAAAAUUAAUUUAAUCCAACUGCCUGAGUCAAGGUAGGUGCAGUGGGAGAAUGGAAACAGAUUUCCUAUCAGGUGGCUAUGUGGGAAAGGAAGGCUUUCAAACCAUGCCUGUUUCACAAUUUCCUAUCUUCUUUUAAAGCUACAGAGUGUUUACAGGGGCUAAGCGCUUACUCAGUACGUAGGAGAUGGUGCUAGAGUUGUACCCUCCUAAACUCAUAAGGUGACUAAGAAGCAAGUGAAUGUUCUAGUCUAAAAAAUAUAUAAGGCAGGGGGGUGGAUGGGUGUGGAGUGGAUGUUUAAGUUGCAUGUGUUAGCAGUGCACAAAUUUAGAUAAUUAAGAACAGACUGCCUUAAGUCUGACCUUGUAUUGAUGCCCUGAGAAAGUGAAAAGCUCUAAUUACAGUAACUUUUAAACAAAGUUUUACAUUAUCUGUGACCACAAGAUCUAGAAAGCUAUAUUUGAUACAGCAACAGGCAGGUGCUUUGUUCUUCAUUCAAGACUAAGAAGUUAAAAGGCAAAAUAUUUAUGGAUGCUCUGUUAAAUUUGAUGCCAUUAUAAGUACAGGCUUCAUUAACGUUACACUCAAAACACUACUUUUUUAAGGUCAUGCUUCAUCUUGAAACACUGAGAAAAAGCAGUGAGAAGGGGAGCUCAGAUGAAAGAUAAAGGAGGGGUGUAAGCUGACAGCAAUCUGAAGUUUUUGUAGAAGAGUUGCUUCAGAAGUCUUCCAAAUGUAGAUAGAGCCUUAGAAUAGAUGGCAUGUGGGUCUCUCCUCCCUCAAAAUAGUCAGUGUGCUGAGGUAAGGAUGAGAUGUUAGAUACUUCCAUCUGCGCUUGUAGCAGCUCAGAGAGUUAACAGGGAUAUCGGAGUGUGUGAAAAGGAAGAGCGCAAGCAGUUUUUCAGUUGUUCAGUUUUAAGUAAUAUGUAUAUUAACAUCAAGAAGUCUGCCUCGGCUAAUUGACUUGUUAAGAAGUUAGACCUUGUUAGAGCUGUUUUAAGUGCAGCUAAUACAGUGCAUUCGUGCUGCCUAUACUGAUCCCAUUUAAAUUCAAGCCUGCAUCCGAGUUAGUGCUGUUCUCAUCAGCGUUGGCCGGAAUGCUUUUUUCUGGGUUUGUGUCCCACUUUUUCUGGUGUGGAUUUUGUGUUGUUUUUGUUUUGUUUUGUUUUUGGUCACAUCUCCGAGAAGGAAGUCUGUAAGGCUAAUGAUUACUGCUGUUUUAGUAAACAUUUCAAAGUGCUUAAACAGGGUUUACAUUACAGUUCCAGAUCAUUUUCCUGUUAGGAUUUUGGAGAGAGCUUAGGUGUAGACAAGCCUCAGCAAGCCCUUUGAAAGCAUAUUUAAAACUUCCUAACCUCAUUAAAUCUUGUGUUAGAGAUUACACCUUUAAUAGUAACUAAUUUUGUUCCUAACCAUGAUUUUACGUAGUGAUGUUGUGUUUUUUUCCUGUUGUUGUUGUUUUGUUUACAAUAUUUCUAUGUUCUGGAGCCAUUUGACCGUUUCAGCCACUAUUAAAAAGAAAAAAGAAAGGUUUGGUCAACAAAUUGCAUUGGGGAUCUGCCUGUCUGGGCUUUUGCUAUGCCUGUGUGGACUUAACAGUGUUACUUUAGAGAGAGAGAUGCUAAUGUUUUGGGGCAAGACUUCUGGAAGAAGGGACAGGCAUAAGGAAACGAGUUAAAGAAAGUAAAGAGAAAUGAAAGGAGGAAGUGCAUGCUCAAGAGACGACGGUGCAGUGGGACAAGUAGAAAAGACCUAUCUGUAGAGUGACACAAGGGAAGAGGCUGAGGAGGCGAUGACCGCCGUGUCUUACUGUGGCAUAUGGAAGAAGCCAUCCACUCACGAGUCAAACCAGUUCAGCUGAAAGGAGAACAUCACUCCAAUAUCUUUUGCCUGGCUUUCAACAGUGGCAAUACGAAGGUGUUCUCUGGAGGCAAUGAUGAGCAAGUUAUACUCCAUGAUGUUGAAAGCACUGAGACGUUGGAUGUGUUUGCCCAUGAAGAUGCAGUAUAUGGCCUUUCAGUGAGCCCAGUAAAUGAUAACAUCUUUGCCAGUUCAUCAGAUGAUGGCCGUGUUCUUAUUUGGGACAUCCGAGAAUCUUCCCAUGGAGAGCCCUUCUGCUUGGCACACUACCCAUCAGCCUUUCACAGUGUGAUGUUUAAUCCGGUAGAACCCAGAUUGCUGGCUACAGCCAACUCUAAGGAAGGUGUGGGACUCUGGGAUAUUCGUAAACCUCAGAGUUCGUUGCUGCGCUAUGGUGGAAACCUCUCCCUUCAGAGUGCCAUGAGUGUCCGCUUCAACAGCAAUGGAACCCAGCUGCUGGCCCUGCGUCGUCGCCUUCCCCCCGUCCUCUACGAUAUCCACUGCCGACUGCCUGUCUUCCAGUUCGACAACCAAGGGUACUUUAACUCGUGUACCAUGAAGAGUUGCUGUUUUGCGGGCGAUCGUGAUCAGUACAUUCUUUCGGGCUCUGAUGACUUCAAUUUGUAUAUGUGGAGGAUUCCUCCAGAUCCAGAAGCAGGUGGCAUUGGCAGGGUUGUCAAUGGUGCUUUUAUGGUAUUGAAAGGUCAUCGGUCAAUUGUAAACCAAGUCCGGUUUAAUCCUCACACUUACAUGAUCUGUUCAUCUGGCGUCGAAAAGAUUAUAAAGAUCUGGAGUCCUUACAAACAGCCUGACUGCACAGGGGAUCUAGAUGGUCGGAUUGAGGAUGACUCGCGUUGCCUCUACACUCACGAAGAGUACAUCAGCCUCGUGUUGAACAGUGGCAGUGGUUUGUCUCACGAUUACGCCAACCAGUCAGUCCAGGAGGACCCGCGGAUGAUGGCCUUCUUCGACUCCCUGGUGCGCCGGGAGAUCGAGGGCUGGAGUUCUGACUCGGACAGCGACCUCAGUGAGAGCACCAUCCUGCAGCUCCACGCGGGAGUGAGCGAACGCUCCGCUUACAGCGAGUCGGAGUCCUCGGCCUCUUUGCAUCACUCCCCACCGCACGCGGCCGAAGAGUCUGAUGAAACUGCCUAUAACUUAAGGGCCUUAAGAUCAGCAGAAUCCCCCUCGGCCAGAGAAGAUGUGGCUUCCCGUCAGCAGAGGCUCUCCGCGCUGCGAAAGUAUCAGGAUAAACGUCUCCUGGCCCUCUCCAAUGAGUCUGAUUCUGAUGACAACACCUGCGAGGCAGAGCUGGAUACAGACCUGUUCCCACGGCCACGAUCCCCGAGUCCCGAGGAGCACGAGUCCAGCAGUUCCAGCAGCAGCAGCAGCACGGAAGACGAAGAGGAACUGAACGAACGGCGCACGUCUAUGAGGCAACGCAACGCGCUGAGGCGCCGACAGAAGGUGCAAAAGGAGGAAAGGACUAACACUAACACAGAGAACGUGGCCCCUUACAUAGGUGAGGAUAUCUACGAUUACCCCCAGAUCAAAGUAGAUGAUCUUUCUUCUUCGCCAGCCUCUUCACCGGAAAGGAGUUCAGCCAACAAAGAAGUUCUCAAAGAAAGGACCUCUCCUUGUUCAGACAGUGAAUCAGUGGAGAGAAAGAUUUACAAAGCCUACAAAUGGCUUCAUUAUUCGUACAUAUCGUAUUCGGCUAAUAAAGAUGGUGAAUCCUCCAGAGGAGAUGGGGAGAAUGAUGAAGGGAAACCAGGAACUAGUGGAAGGCACAGUACAGCACACGCGCUAAAUAAGGAGGAUGCCAGGAACUUGAGCUCAGUGGUUCCUCAAGGUUCCCCAGCUCUUUCUGCUGAAAGCCACAACAAAGAAACUUUAAAGGAGUGUGGUUUGGUAGAAAAUUCUAGUAAUGGUCAAGCUCAUGAAUGUGACAAUCAUCGGCGGGUGGAGAGUCAAGAAAACACAUCUGAAGACACUACCAGCGGGGGUAUAGAGCAUUCCUUUGAGACUAAGAAGCUCAAUGGAAAAGCUAACUGCAAAGGGCUAAAUAGUUGUACCGAAGAGCCUUGCCUUCAGCCUGCCGGCCUGGUGGAACAGAAAAACAGUCAGAACUGUCAGCCAGCACCAAGCCACCACUCGCUGGUCCCUCCGUUCUCCGCCGUUGCCAUCUGUAGCAUGUCGGGUCACUGCUCCAGGAACCAGGCUGAUGACAGCGAGGAGAGGAGCCUCGACACCUCCUGCGUUAACCACAACAACGGCCACUUGCAUCUUCGCCCUUCGUGCUUCAACAACGGACAGAGUUUUGGAGAGCAGGAGGCUAUGAUUCAAGGACUACAGGUGCGCUCAAACAAUGCUGACAAUGGCAACCUUGUGCAGGUGGGUGCGACCUUGCACAAAGACUGCUGCCUGUCUGAAAUGGACUCCAACAGCUACAACGUGAGCACAAGAGAGGAUCCUGCUGACUUGCAUCCCACAGGCAGUGAGAGCACUCCGUCUCUCGGAGGACUGAAAAGACACAGAGCGGAGCUGGAAGAUGCAGAUUCAGAGAAUUCAUCCUUAGAAAAGAAGUUAAAAACAUGAUAAAUGCAAAUGUCUGUCGUAGUGUGCACUCAAAAAAAAGGAAAGGAAAAAAAAAGAAAGUAUUAAAGGCACAUAGAGCUUGGGUCUGAAAUGUUGCGUUUGAUUCUCCAUUCCAUUCUUCAGUGGGUCUGUUUUAGAUUGCCAAUGGUUCAUGCUGUAUAAAAAUCCAACUUACUCCUUAAUGAGACUGAGUCUAGUGUACCCAUACAAGGUUCUGUUUAAAGUAAAUCCUUAUUAAGACGGUUGACUGAAUUA